AUGUGGAUUCACACUAAUUGUUAUUGCCGUCUCUGCGCUGGCCGCAACAUUCCUGAAAAGUCACCUGUCAGCCCCCUUUCUCCUUCUUUGCACAACCGUGUCAACAUUGACUCCCCACCCAGUCCUCUCUCACCAGCUCUGUCUUUUACAGCUGCACUCAAUCUUCCCAGUCCUAUUUGUCCCCUACUCAACGCUACUGAAGACUGGCCUUUGAGUCCCGUCUCGCCUUUUGCACUUGACCACUGGAGCCCAAAAAGCGCCUGCAGCACAGUUCCUCCUUCGCCUACUCUCUCUAUUGCUGAGUUGACGCCUGGUGACUUUCCUUCCCCUGCUACCCCAUUGAAAACUGCUUACAUCUGGAACCUCUGCAUCAUUCCCUCCAUCCCUGCUGACUAUUCUGUCUUUGCACCUCAUUGGCGCAGCGAUGCUUCUUGCCCAUUCAACAGCCUUGCUGUCAUAAUCAAUGAUGAGCCAGUCAGUCCUACAACUCUUUCCAAUGGUAAGAAAGCCAUUCGCUCUUCUGCCGCUCCUCCACUUCCACCAAGACCCAUUCCUCGUCGUCCCAAGAGAUCUCCUCUACGCACUUCCAAGUUUUCUUGGAGCAGCACGCCUACAACUUCUCCUUCUUUGGUUUCGCCUAAUUCCUUUCACUUUACUGGACGCAUCUACACUUUUGAACCUGUUGCCGAGGAAGUGAAGAGCAGAGCUGGUUCUUUAUCUCUUGCUUCCUCCGACAGUCUGCCUGGAAAUAAGCCUUGGUGGGAGAAUAUCCCUGAGGUUUCGCCAUUGCCUUCGCCUGUCCUCAGUGUCCAUUCUUUUAGCGGCUUUUCCGGGAUCCAUGUUCCUGAGUUCAGCUUUCCUUGUCCUUCGCCUUCCUAUUCGCCUUCUGUUUCGUCUACCUCUACCUCUUCCUCUUUCUCUCGCCCUUCUGGGGCCGAUAUCCGUGAUGUUUUCUGGACUGAAAUUACUCCACAGACUGCUGCUGAGUACUUGGCCAUCUUUGGUACUUCGGUGUUUGAAGACCCUUUUGCUUGGAUUCGUUAUCCUGUUCCUGGUCCCCACGACUUGUGCGCUUCCGACGAUGACGACGAAGAUGACGAUGAGACUGCACACUAUGACUGGGACAACCGCAACCCUACUGCUUCUGAUGCUUCUGAUACCUUUGGAGAGGUUGAUGAUGUACUUGCUUUCUAUGAGCACUCGUUUGUUUCUUCAUAUCUCUCUUGCGAUGAUGAUGCUUCUUAUAUGUCCUUUGAUGCUGAUGAGUACUCUGGUGUUACAGACAGUGCUGAUGUUGCUAUGAGUCAGGAGAUCUUAUGUGCGAGCUAUAUCUCUUCGUUUCUUGGUGGAUCUGCUGUUUCCGAGGUCAAAGAGGUUUGUUUUGAGGACGACUGCAUGGCAUCGCUUGAAUUGAUCAUCUCGAGUAUCUUUUAG